AUGGCUCCCAAGAAGAAGGGUAACAAGAAGGCCCAGGACGACUGGGAGGCUGAGCUUGGCGAGACCAUCGCCCCAGCGAAUGGAGACGACGCACCAGCCCCCGAGAACGGUGAUGCCGCCGCCGAAGACGACGCGCCUGCCGCUGGAGGUCUCAUGGCCCUGAUGCGCAAGAACAAGGAGAGGCGCAAGAAGAAGGGGCUCCCAGAGCUCGAGGGCGAGGACGCACCCGGCGCCGAACCAGCCGAGCCCGCCGAGGAGAAGGCCGCACCAGCAGAGGCCAACAUCGAGGACGAGUUCGCCCUGCCCGAGAAGAAGGGCAAGGGUGGGAAGGGCAAGCAGCAAGCCAAGCCAGCACCUGCUGCCAAGGGCGGCGAUGACGAGACGGACGCUUCGGGCAAGGUCCUUACCAAGGCCGAGAAGGAGAAGCUCAAGAAGGAGCGCGAGAAGCAGAGGAAAAAGGAGAACGCUGCGAAGAAGAAAACUGCCGCGCCCGCACCCGCCAAAGCCGAGCCCGCCAAAGCCGCCGAGAAGCAGGAUGAGCCCGUUGCGGCGGCUCCUGCAGCGGAAGCCGGCAAGCCCGGCAAGAAGCUCCCCAAACACCUCCAACUCCUCCAGAAGCAACAAGAAGAGCUUCGUCAGCGGGAGGAGGCCAAAGCCAAGGCCGAUGCCGAGGAGCGAGCCCGGAUAGAAGAAGAGGAGCGCCUCAUCGAGGAGGAAAACAAGCGCAAGGAAGAGGAGAAGGCCCGCAAGAAGCAGAGGGAGAAGGAGAGGGUCGAGCAGCUUAAGAAAGAGGGUAAAUACAUGACCAAGGCUCAGAAGGAGGAGAAGGCCCGCAACGAGCGCAAGCUGCAGCAGAUGCUGGCUGCUGGUAUCCAGGUCGGCGGUCUUGCAGACGGCGAGGCGGCUAAGAAGGAGAAGCCCAAGUUCGAGAAGAAGGGCAAGGGCAAGAAGCAGGAAAAGAUCGACGAGGAGAAAGCGCUCGCAGAGGCUGCCGAACGUGCGAGAUUACAAGCCGAAGAAGCCUUGAAGAAGAAGGAGGAAGACGAGCGCAUUGCCCGAGAGAAGGCCGAGGCCGAGGCUGCCGCAAAAGCAGCUGCGGCCAGGGAAGAGGAGAUCGAGGAGGACUGGGAGGCCGCGGCGGCAUCCGACGAGGAACCCAAGGACAGCUGGGACGCAGACUCUGAUGAGGAAGCCGACAAGAAGGAGGACAGCAAGGCAGAGGAGAAAUCGCUACCUUCAAGACCAAAGGAGCAAGCGCCUGCGGCCCAGGACGAGUCUUCCGAAGAGGAGUCCUCGUCAGAUGAUGAAGAUGCUGGCCUCGAGGCGCAGAGGAGGAGGGAGGCUCUCGCAAGACGUGAGAAGGCCCACCAGGCUGCCCUGGCUGCCCGGUCAAAAGACAACCUGCGGUCACCCAUUUGCUGUAUUCUGGGACACGUCGAUACCGGAAAGACCAAGCUGCUCGACAAGAUCCGUCAGACCAACGUCCAGGAGGGCGAAGCAGGAGGUAUCACUCAGCAGAUUGGUGCCACUUACUUCCCAGUUGAGGCCAUCAAGCAGAAGACCCAAGUCGUCAACCAGGACGGCAAGUUCGAGUUCAAGGUGCCUGGUCUCCUGGUCAUCGAUACGCCCGGUCACGAGUCCUUCUCCAACCUGCGUUCAAGAGGUUCCUCUCUCUGCAACAUCGCCAUCUUGGUGGUCGAUAUCAUGCACGGCCUGGAACCCCAGACCCUCGAGUCCAUGCGCAUGCUCCGUGAGAGGAAGACACCAUUCGUGGUGGCCCUCAACAAGAUCGAUCGUCUUUACGGCUGGAAGAAGAUCGAGAACAACGGCUUCCAGGAGAGUUUGGCCCUCCAGGGCAAGGCUGUGCAGAACGAGUUCAAGAACCGGCUGGACCAGACCAAGGUUGCCUUCGCCGAGCAAGGCUUCAACGCCGAGCUCUUCUACGAGAACAAGCAGAUGUCCAAAUUCGUCUCGCUCAUCCCCACAUCAGCGCACACCGGCGAGGGUAUCCCCGACAUGCUCAAGCUGAUUCUGCAGCUCACGCAGGAGAGGAUGGUGGGCUCGCUCAUGUACCUCUCCGAGGUGCAAGCCACCGUCCUGGAAGUGAAGCAGAUCGAGGGUUUCGGUAUGACCAUCGAUGUCAUUCUAUCCAACGGUAUCAUGCGGGAAGGCGACAGGAUCCUGUUGUGUGGCACAGAAGGCGUCAUCAAGACCAACGUCCGAGCUCUGCUUACGCCAGAGAAGCUCAAGGAACUCCGUCUCAAGUCACAGUACGUGCACAACAAGGAGGUCAAGGCCGCGCUCGGUGUCAAGAUCGUCGCACCAGGGCUGGAGAAGGCCAUUGCUGGUUCCCGUCUGCUGGUCGCAGGCCCUGAUGAUGACGAGGAUGACAUCGAGGACGAGCUCGAGAGCGAUCUCGAGACCUUGUUCAGCCGUGUUGAGAGGACCGGCCGCGGUGUGUCCGUCCAGGCUUCCACGCUGGGUUCCCUCGAGGCCCUGCUGGACUUCCUCAAGGACUGCAAGAUCCCCGUCGCCAACGUCGGCAUCGGCCCCGUCUCCAAACGAGACAUCAUGCAGUGCGGUAUCAUGCUGGAAAAAUCACCAGACUACGCGGUCAUGCUCUGCUUCGACGUCAAGGUCGAGAAGGACGCCCAGUCGUACGCCGAGGAGAACGGCAUCAAGAUCUUCACGGCUGACAUCAUCUACCACCUCUUCGACCAGUUCACCAAGCACAUGGACGACCUGCUCGAGAAGAAGAAGGAGGACUCCAAGAUGCUGGCAGUCUUCCCCUGUGUGCUCAAGCCUGUGGCAGUCUUCAACAAGACGGGCCCUAUCGUCGUUGGUGUCGAUGUGGUGGAAGGCCAGCUGAAGGUCAACACGCCUAUCUCGGCCGUGAAACACAACCCUACGACCGGUGUGAAGGAGAUCGUUGCUAUGGGCAGAGUCACAUCCAUUGAGCGAGAGCACAAGCAGAUCCCCGUCUGCAAGAAGGGCCAGCCCUCAGUGGCGGUCAAAAUUGAGAUGGGCGGGCACCAGCCGACGUAUGGGCGGCAGCUCGAGGAGUCGGACACGCUGUACAGCGCCAUCUCGCGGGCGUCCAUCGACUGCCUCAAGGAAUUCUACCGCAAAGAUGUCUCCAAUGAUGAGUGGCAGCUCAUCGUCAAGCUCAAGCCGCUGUUCGACAUCCCCUAA